GUACAAUACUUCACGAACUUAUCACAUAUUCGAUUUCUAACCUUGUUCUUAAUGUAGCUCAAAGUUGAAAAGACUCUUUCAACACUUGCCGUGUAACCAUAAAAUCAAUUCAAAAUUAAGGGUACCGUGUACGUAGUUUAAUUAUUAGGUAUUGAAAAUAGCUGGGGAUAAAGAAAUAGCAUUUUACUGAUUGCAUGAUGAUUAAAAUAGAAUAACAAAUGAGUAGCAACAUAAUUAGAAUAUGUUUGAUAAUAGUAGUCUCCUAGGUUAGAAUAACACGGGCUACCACUUAUAUUUUGUUAAUCAUAAGCAAACUAUUAUCGAGGGUAGGAUAAUCAUUUUUUCAAAUGUUAGGGUGUCCCAGAUUACCAAUUAUAUUUUGUAUACCCAUACGAAACUACUACCGGAGGUUGAAUAAUCGUUUCCCCAAAUUUUAGGGGUGUCCCGGGACACCCCUACAUGCCUAUGUAUCCGCCCCUGAGUUCCGGUAUGUCGGUUAACCGGCUACCCGUCGGUAAAUUACGGAUUAAAAGGCGGUAUACCGAUGGAGAAUUUUCUCUACCGCCAACCGGUACCGCCGGUUAACGGUAUAAUCGGUUACUGCCGGUUAUCGGUACGGUUACCGGUUAUACCAUUAACCGGAACACCAAUUACCAGCCCUAGUUGGUCCAUGUAUGCUAAUUGCCCGUAAUUGGGCCACAUCCACCCUUGUGAGUUGACUCUAUGUUGACGGUUUGUUCGGGUGAGUCGGUUUGGAUGGCACGGGUGGGUCGGGUAAAAUUUUCAACCUUAUGCAGCGGCGUAACAAAGACAGGCAACCAAAUUUGUUAUCCGUAUCUCUGCUUUGACGGAACUGGCCUUUCCAGUUCAAUUAUGCGGCCAACUGAUGCCGUGUGAAAUUUCUCCACGUUGCUGUAGUAGGUACGUGGCCAGCAUUUCCGUCCAUAUUCAUUUCAUCAUUUCCACGUAUGUUGGCUGUCGUUUUGUUUUGUCCACAUUCAUCCUUUAAAAUCCGGUAAAUAAUAUUCUCCUCCCGACCUCCAUAUCUUUACAGCUCAUCCUUCCUUCCUUCUUCCCACCAAUCCAUCCCAACAGUGGCCUUCUCGCCCUUUAGCUAUCGUCCCCCACAUUACCAGAACUUUUCAGACUCAAUUAUUAGCUCCAUAGACUCCCAGCUUUUAGUUACUCAUAGCACCAGCCAGCAGCUAGCCGGCAGAGAAAAAGUUAAAAAAGGUUUCUCCCACUAUGUCGCCGGCGGCCGGAGCGAAUGCUCCGCUACUUCCAGAGCACGAGAAGCGAGCAGGGAGGCACGGUUCGGUCACCGGCGCGGUGUUCAAUGUGUCCACCAGCAUAAUCGGAGCGGGAAUCAUGUCCAUUCCGGCGACACUCAAAGUGCUCGGGGUGGUACCGGCGUUCCUGAUGAUUGUCGCCAUCGCCUGGCUGGCCGACGUCUCCGUCGAGUUCCUCAUGAGGUACACGCACUCCGGCGAGACGACGACGUAUGCUGGGGUCAUGAGGGAGGCCUUUGGCGGGUUUGGAUCCGCCGCGGUCCAGAUUUGUGUCAUGAUUACUAAUCUUGGGUGCUUGAUCAUUUACUUGAUCAUCAUCGGGGAUGUGCUGUCGGGGACGGAGCAGCAUUUGGGAGUAUUGCAAGAGUGGUUUGGGGUUUCAUGGUGGAAUACUCGAGCUUUUGCACUCUUUCUGGUUGUGAUUCUUGUGAUGCUUCCUUUGGUCCUGUUCAAGCGGGUUGAGUCAUUGAAGUUCAGUUCAGCAGUAUCAGUUCUCUUGGCAGUGAUCUUCGUUGGCAUAGCCUCUGUGAUGGCUGUCUAUGCACUUAUACAAGGCAAAACCAAUACCCCUAGACUGUUGCCUGAAGUAGACAGCAAUUCCUCCUUCUUUGAGCUCUUCACUGCUGUCCCUGUCAUCGUCACAGCUUUCACAUUCCACUUCAAUGUACAUCCCAUUGGAUUCGAGCUGGGAAACCCAUCAACAAUGCUUUCAGCCGUCAGAAUCUCGAUGAUCCUUUGUGCAGCCAUCUACUUUGCAAUCGGCAUAUUUGGAUACCUUCUGUUUGGUGAGUCCAUAAUGGCAGACAUACUUGUGAACUUUGAUAAGAGUUCGGAUACAGCAGCUGGUGCGUUGCUCAAUGACAUCGUGAGGCUGAGCUAUGCUCUUCACCUGAUGCUGGUUUUCCCCUUGUUGAACUUCUCGCUGAGGGCGAAUCUCGACGAGUUCCUCUUCCCCAAGAAGCCCCUCCUGGCCAAAGACACUACCAGAUUCUUGUCCAUCACGUUCGCUUUGCUGUUAUUGAGUUACUUGUUGGCGAUUGCCAUACCAAACAUAUGGUAUUUCUUUCAGUUCAUGGGAUCAACCUCUGCAGUUUGCCUUGCCUUCAUUUUCCCCGGUUCGAUUGUGCUAAGGGAUGUUUAUGGGAUAUCAACAAAGAGGGACAGGAUGUUUGCAGCAGUAAUGAUAGUUCUGGCUGUGAUAACAAGCGCCAUUGCCAUAUCAAGCAAUGUCUACACUUUGGUUAGGGAUAACCAGUAGAGUGUGCUUCUCGCGUUUUGUUCACAGGCUUUUCCCUGGUCGAGAUUUGCUUCCAUUUUGGGUAUUCUUUUCCUGCGGUGGCGGUUUGUACUGUAAGUGGAGCGAUCUCGAUCAGAAGCCAAAGCAGGUUUUAGUUAGUGUGUGCGCGAUUAUCCAACAAAAAUAUAUGGGCCUCAAAGAUCAUGUAAUAUAUUUCGAGCUCAACUUCACUGUAUGCUCAAGAACCAAGAAUUCAUGAAAUGAAAGUUUGACCUUAAGUGUAGGUAUGAUGGAGUAAAUAUAAUUUGGAGGCAUAAUUGAAUUUUGAUUGAAAGCAUUGGUGAUAUAUAACACUUCAAUCCAGCUAUAAAAUAAACUAACUUAAAUAAACCAACUUUUCUUCAAUGAAUAAAGGCAUCAUAAAUGC